AUGCGGGACUUGAUCCUCGCCACUUCUUUGGCUGUAGCAGGGAUUGCGCUGAUAGCUGUGAGCAUUACUUUCAGAACACUAGCGAACAGCGUGUCAUCUCCUUUCGAAGAUCUGCAGCAACCCUCACUCCCCCCUCAUUGGCAUGUGAGCCAAGACAGCCAAGGGCGGAAGUAUUACUGGAACAGGAGAUUGGGAACAUCUUCAUGGGACCCCCCAAAGGCGGAAGUGCUGCACAUAAACAAGCAACCGAAGCUUGUAGUCAACACUGAUGUUCCUGUAAAGCUGUAUCCUACCAAGGCGAAGUAUUUGCAGUCGCUAGCCCCAUCACAGAGCGGUGGAGAAGAAGGAGAGUCAGAGGCUGGUGAAGAGGGCGAUGACGACGAGCCCAAGAUUCAAGAUGUUACCGGUCAACCAGACUGGCCCGCUGACCUGCCCGGAGCCAUGGGCGAUGACACAAGCUGGAUCGUUGGAAUGCAUCGCGAGCCGUUCUGGAGUGAUAGCAUGACUCACUCGUGCGGGUUGACAACUCCCUGUGAGAAGGGACGGGCAGACCGAGGCCAUGGAUUCCAAAAGGCCACCAACCCAUGGGUGGAUAAGAGGAGGACGUUCGAUCAGUAUUCUCAGAGUUCAGAGGCAGGCAAAAAGAAUUAUCCCUGGGAUCCUAGCAAGGAUCCGAAGUACUACGGCAAGGCUGACUGCAGUGAUGGCAAGUUGACGAAGGAGUGUUUUGAGAAACCUUCCGAUGAAGAGCUGGAGAAGAAGCAGGCAGAGUGGCGUGCAAAGUACGAUGAGUGGCAUACAGGCAAGGGCAAGGAAUCAAAAGAAGGUUUGGAAGAGCAACAGAAAGCCGAAGCCGCUCCAGAUGAAGCCAAGGCAAGAGGGCAGUUCACUGGCGGCGAGCCUGUCGUCAAGUCUCUCGGCCGAGUAGUUCACAAGAUUCAGGACGACUUCGCCAGCGCCAAGAACUUGUUUUCGUCCAGCAGCUUCACAACCUUGGAGAAGAAGUUCCUCAGGGCUCGCUCGAAUCACAAGAGCAGCGCUUUUCACGCGAAAUAUCGAACGCCUUCUCAUCUACAAGCUCUCGCCUCCGAACCAACAGCAAAGGUCGUUGAAGCUCAACAGAAGAAGAUCAGCAUCUGGGAGUCUCCGUCGUCGGUGAAGCAGCAUGGAUUAUACGGCAAGAGCAACAAGUUCGCUCACAAGUCUCACCAUGAAGUGGAGAAAGCUGCCCCGGCACAGCCUGUUCCUGAGCAGAAGCAGCUGGCUGUGAAGGGGCCCCUGCCAUCAGUCAGAUCGGAUGCUGAAUGGGUUCUUUCAGAGUCAGAUGCUCGAGCCAAGCAGGCAGAGCACAAGGGCAAGGCGUCCACGAAGCCAUGGGAAGAAACUCAAAUCCAGAAGGGAGUGCUGCGAAGGGAAAACACACUGAUGAAUCUCGAGAGCGCUAUCGAACAUCACGACGACCAGCUGCUGCAGAAGCAGUCUGGUCUCACCAUCCCUCAGCUCAAGGCGCUAGAGAAAUCCGCGGGAGAUCUUGAAAAGAAGCUGCUGGCGCAGCAUGGAGGCAGUGGGGCGACGUUGACGACACAAGUGAAGCACAAGCUCAAGGUUGUCAGGCAUCUCAAGGCCAAGGUGAUGGCGACGCUGUCCAAGAGGGAGAAGGAGUUGUUGAGUGAGAAGGCUGGAUGGAAGAGCGAGAAGGACCUCGACCAGGCCGAGAAGUUCGCUGAGAAUCUUAGCCUCGAGAUCAAGAGACGCCGAGCUGAGGAGAAGCUUCAUCCUCUCAUCCCCAAGGGUGUCUUGAGCAGCGUCAAGACCCCGACAGACGAGGCGAAAUCGGAACCUUCUCACCAUCGCAAGGAGCAGACACCGCGCGCUGCUCCUGCUCCCUCGUUCUCCAAGGACCAGGCGAAGCUCGAACGAGAUGAGGCUCAUCUGCAGCAGAUGAACUUGAAGGAGUCGCAGCUCAUGUCGAGGAUUCACCAGGACCAGGAGAGGCUCAUUCAAGACUUCGAGCAGAGCAAGCAGCAGCAUCACAAGUGA